GUGUGCGGUAGUUUACCACCAACCAAUGGUUCGGCGCCCAAUCGAUAUUUUGACGACGUGCUCCCGAUAGGGGAGAGUGAAGUACACGAAGCGCUACUUAGAGAGAUGAAGCGACAUCGCUAUUGGAAGUCAUCGGCUCUGAAGAAGAUGCGUUUCGAUCGACUUGAGAUGAUUAAUUGCCUUCAUUACAUUCUCGAGUCGUUCACUGAAGCGCGCUCAACUUCUGAAGCUGCGGAAGCGGUGGCGCCUGGUCAGUUGUAUGAUCAGGCGACAACGUCGGUCGCAAAUCCAUGGGACUAUGAAGUAUUGCCUACGAAGCUGUUCAUUGAUCAGGUCCGUAUAAUCGAAAUGCCAUGUACUAGUACGAUUAACCCAUGCUCGGCUUGUAAUUCUGAAGGCACCUAUCACUGUUUCUAUUGCCGUGGAUACGGCACCGACAAAUGUAAUUUUUGCAGAGGUACUGGUAUGAAAUCCGGUGUAGCACAUCCUGCAGUCUACACACAUCCAAUGGUGGCUACGUUUCCUCAUGCGGAUCUCAGUCGUGGAUAUUCGUCAUCGUCGACGGCGAUGGUUCGACAAGGUGCACAUCAAGUCUACGGUCUCGGCACACCGAUGCAUUUCAUGUCAAAGACUGGAGUACCACCACCCGGACUAGGGACUCACGAUCUUUGCUACAUGUGUCAUGGACGAGGUGUUAAAGAAUGUCAUCACUGUAAAGGUGGUGGAAAAAAACCGUGUACAGCAUGUUGUGGGACAGGCAGUGUUCGUAACUAUACAAAACUGAAAGUACACUUCAAAACUGAACGAUCUGAGUUUUUCACGGAAUGUGAAGUCCCGGAAAAAUUGCUCAUAAAUGCCAAAGGGAAGGAAAUUUUUAGCGAGGAACAACCAUUUGUGCUUCCAAUCAGCAAAUAUCACGUACAGGAAGUGAAUGAGAAUAGCAAACUAUGCUGCGCGCAGCACCUACAGAACUACAUGGGAAUGUGCAGAGUGAUACGGCAGCGACAUUGCUUGCUAGCGAUUCCGGUCUGUAAGGUCUACUACACUCUCGGCAACACAAAGGGCAUAUUUUACGUCUACGGAAACGAUCGACAAUGUUAUGUACCAAAUUUUCCGUCUAAAUGUGUUAUUUUAUAA